UUCCUUGUUAGUUUUCAUGAUUUUGCAUAAAAUUUCAAGAUCUUUGCGGUCCUACGAGUUUACUUCGCAUUGGUUUUCCUGUUAACGAGAAGUGCUGAAUCUCUGCGAAAUACUGUCGUCAGUGCCGUGAUAUUUUAAUACUUACUCCUCCUUACUUACCUACUAGGGCUGAUCUUACGGCCUUCUCUGAGAGUUGGAUUUCUGGUCAUCGGAUUGAACAAAAAGCAUCAGCGAAAGAAUAAGUGGAUUCGCUCCUAUGAAAUAGAAGAAACGCAUAAAGAUGGCUGUAGACAGCGGUGGUUCUCGCGUCAUGUUACAGCAAAUUCUGAAACCGAUCGAAAUUCUAGUCUCCCAGCCGUACGAUGCCCUGCCUGAUUCCGAUUUUAGGCAGUUACUGCAGUACAUCUCCCAGCUGAAAUCGGAGAUUCUCAGCGCCCAAGCGGAUUACCUACCGUUCUGGGAUGCCUACGUCGCCCUGUCCUAUCAUGCCAUUUAUCAGCAUCGUCUGCACAUCGCCGAGAAGAACGACCGCGCUCUGGAAAACUUGGUCAAUGCGGCCGCGAAAUUGCUGAUGGAUUACUGCAUUCAGCGCUUACAGAAACCUGUGGGAAGCAGUUUCUUGACGAUGGCGGACUGUUUGAAGCUGUUAGCUGCGGUGUACAAUCUGGGAUCACCGUAUGGGAAAAAUGAAAUACUGGCAAUGUUCAAACAGUUGGAAACGGCUAAAGUACCUCCGGAAGUCAAGCCAGCGGACAGGAGCGAUGUGGAGCACGAAGAAGAAAAGAAAGAUGUGAAAAGAAAUGUCCACAUGGUGCCUUCAGUCCCCGUUGUCAACGUGAAGAACUUGAUCACUCCGAUUAUUCAGGGCGCCUAUGAGCCGAUUUCCGAGUUGGGCAUCUCCGCGGCCAAGGUGUCAGGCAAAUUCAGCGAGCGCUACGGCAAGAAGAUGUACUGGUAUUUGUGUGAAAAUCGUGUGGGGGAUACACUGUUAAGCAUUCUGCAGAAUUCCGCAGUGUUCAGUGCGUUUAUGGACACCGACAUCGGUGCGAUCAACUUCUUCAAAGCCGUGAUCACCAAGUUGACGGACGCCCGACAAAUUGUGGGCAGAGCGGAUAUUCUCUCCUCUGAUCUGGAUGUGGCGUUCCAGAUGAGCAAAAUCCCACUUCCCGACUGCUGCUCACCGGAGAAUUUGGAGUUUGUAUGCAGUUUUGGAAUUAGCUGUAUCACGAACGCCUGUAAACUGUUAACCUCUUUAAAUGUGAUUGACUGUCAAACUGUCGCGGAAGAAUCGGAUGGAAGUCUGCAGCGGCAGCUCAGUGAAUCGCGUUUGUCCACAAUGAAGAAAGCAGAACAGCUGUUGACCGUGUAUGAACAGCUGGAAAAGAGUAUCGCCGUCAACAACCGAGAAGCCGCUCGGAACAUGGUCACUGUGUGUUGUCGUUAUUUUUUUGCCAGUCUCGAGGGAAUUCUUGUGGGAGCCGACCUCGACCUUACAGCUUCGUUGCUCAUUUUCUCUGCACCGGCACUGUAUCUUCUGCGGCAGCUGCUGAUGUUUAUGAGUAAACUGACGGAUGAUUUGCGAUCCUUCGAGAUUCCUUUGCUGGAGUCCUUACCGGUUACGGUUCCUAAUCAGCUGGUUUUGUCGGAAAUUUACACUCCCUGGUACAGGUUGGUUUAUCUGAUGCGGCAACACGAUACAUUUGGCGUGAUUAUUCGCUCCUUAUCCAUUUGCCACGGACAAGCGUACCGUCGGCUGUUAAAGUGCGUGAAGAGUGCACAAAAACAACCGUCUUCCAGUCCAUCACCGAAUGCAUUAUGGGUCAAGUCCGAAAGCAGAAGUCGGUCGAGAAGUCGAGAUUCCGAUUCGGACACUUCACCUCGUCCAACCAAGCUGUCGUCUAGUCAAGACAAUUUGAUUCCGGGAUAUCUGUGGGAAGAGAGCAUUGAAGGACCGAUGGGCUCGGAAAUGUCCAACGCCUCCAACGGGAUUUCCCAGGAUACGGCCUUAACGGAAUCUCUUCUGGAUACUGUCUCAAAAAUCUUACAUUUUCUUGAUCGCGAAUUUCUACAAAGUGAACAUGGGAUGAUGGAGAUUUUAUUGCGGGAGUUUUUCAUGGCGAAGCAUGUGACGCAAAUGUUGCCGAUCAUGACGACCAGUUCUUUUGAAUACGUGCCUACGGGAGACAUGGAUCCACCGCAUCUGCGAUCUCUUGUUGCGAAAUGCGAAUUAACGCUGGAUAUGUUUCUUCACAAUUUGGUUACUACAGGGUUCGUCAGUGACGAAAUCAUCCUUAACGUGCUGAAAUCUGUUGGAUUGGAUCUCUCUCCGGCCAAAAAAGCUGAACCAUGGCCUUUGUACAUGCCAAGAGUUUUUUUGUCGUUUUUUGGACGUGUUCUGCUAAAAUGGCAAUUUGAUCAGCAAGAUGAUGCUCAUGAGAGCCCGCGGCAUGCACCGGUCUCGUCGACAGCUACAUUGACAAUCUGGAACCGCUUAUGUGUGGCGCUUCAACAGCGAGCGCUUAGAGAACAAUCGGACACCACACAGAUACCGAAUUGGUGGAGGAACCAUCUGGAAUUUGAAGAUCUGAAUCCGGAGCAUCUGUAUCUGCUUCUUCUGGCUUUCCAUGGUUUGGCAUUGAUGCAAAAGAAAUCUGUUCUAACACUUUUGGCUUCUUCGUUUGUUAGUUGCGCUUGCAAAAUUAAAGAAUGGAACGAGCGGAAUUUGUUGAUUGUUUCGCGGAUCCUGGUGACGAUUGAAUAUUUGAUGCAUCGUCUGUAUGAACCAUCGGAUUCGUUGAUGCGACAAGUGGAGAGUUUAUUGUUUCCCGCUGUUACCCAAUCGAAAAUUCCCGAUAUGCAGAUUCCGGUCUACGAUGUGGCGCAGAGAGUAUGUGAAAUGUCCCCGGUGGAUCAAGCCAAAUAUCCAGAUUUGUACAGAGUUUUUUACUAUAUUAUCACCCCGGAAAAUGCCCAUCAGGAUCCUUUGACACUGGAUGGGUUGGCUUGCAGUUUUCUCCUGGCCCCAAAUAAAACCCCCGAAUACGCUGACUUUUACCAUGCCUUGAAUACCCUGUGGAAUGCGCUGCAUGGAAAAACAGUGCAGGAGAGCGAGAGCCUACGGCAUGUCGCUACUUUUAACUAUGCGGCACUGCUUCUCUGGCGACUACUGCGAGUGCUGCCGCCGUCGUUGGCGCACUGGGAUACGUUGCGGAAGGAUGGGCAAGAAUUUGCGCUCGAUUCAGUGCAAAAUAUUACUGCUGCGUUGUGGGCGGCACGGUUGACCAGCAAAUCAUACAAGACUUGGUUAAAAGAUACAUUCGUCAAAUUGGGACAAAGCACAGUGAACGCGGAUUUAUUGCUGUCCAACUGUUCGGACGCUGUCGGUUUCAACAAAGAUCUUCAUCGUUUACGAAACUACAUGGAGUCGUUUUUGAAGUACCAGCAAAAAAGGAAAACAGAAGCUCCAGGCGCACCAGAAAUGCCGGCAAUUGAUGCUUCGCCAUUGGAAGAGACAGCCAAAUCCUUAUUAUCUGAAGGUGGAUUAAGAACGUGGCUGCAUGAUGGACCCAUAAUCAACGAUCAAGAUUUUCCGAAGAUUCCCUCUUCACUAAGUUUGGUGUGUUUGAUCAGUAAGGUCCAACAGGCUAUGGAAGAAUUGGUGCGGGAUAAUAAUGUGGACAAAUCACGCUUGAACUCUGCUGCCACUGCUCUCGCUCCCUUGGUUCUGGAUUGCAUUAUACAUUAUGGACAUUUUUGUGCGUCUAGUAUUAUGAACCGCAUCGCGGAAAGGAUUACCACGGGCGGCAAUACUCUGCAGGUGUAUCAGCAGCUGUUGUUCGUGUGCGGACAAAACAGCGGUACUCUUCUGACUAGCGCAAACCAUGUCCAAGAAGCUGUUCCUCCCUUGCUGACCGACGUCCUGAUUGAAUGGCAGAUGAAAGAAGCCGGUAAUCAACCCAUGUUUCCGUCCCACAAGGAAUACCAGCAUAAUGAAGCCAUGACCUUUGAUGGAUUUGUCAAUAACGUGAUUACGAACCACAUGAUCGGGACCACCAACAUCAAGGUCGGCAACGCCUCCGGACACAAUCUGUCCUUGAAGUACACGCUGAACAUUCUUGUGCAGUUCCUUCAUGAAUUGCAAUCGUGGCUCCCUGUUAGCAUCGAUAUGGUGCUGAAGGAACAUUUCCACAGAGCUAUGAUGCCGGUUAUCAUGGGAUGUUUCAUCCCCGAGGAUAUGGAAAAAAUGGCCACCACGAUGUUGGAACGGGUUCUUGGUGAUAGCACCUUUCAGUUACAGUACAUGAAAACGCUGAUGUAUUUGGUGUAUGACAUAUUGAAACUGCUGCGAGAUGACGUGGUCAGUGCGGAUAUGGAUCCCACUGGAAUUGCAAGCAAAUGCGUGGAGACAUUUAAUGCUUUACUGGAUACGCAAACCGGACGGGCAGCUAUGGCAGCAAUCUUUCAAGAGAAAUCGUUUGAUAUUACGGAAAUCAUGCUUUCUAUUACGAAGUCGCAGUUCUCUAAUUCGUAUGACGUGAUGGUGUUGAAUUUUGUCAAUCGUAUCCUUGUGGAAACAGCCAAAUCCUCCGACGAUGCCACAUUGGCUUUAUUGAGCCAGUCGUUGAGAAAAAUCGAACAGCGAUCACCCGAUGUUCUGCAGCUAUGGAUGGAUAAGGUUCUGCGUAACCCUUCGUGGAAAGACGGCAGUGAACGAAAAUGUGUGGUUUUCUUGGAGAACUGGGUAGCGUUUAUACAGGUAGCUGAUCGACCACUGAGCGAAAUGCUAGCUGAAGUCUUGUUAAAGGCGCUGACCGCCAUUGUGUCGCCAAACAUGGGAGUGUCUGGCUCGGACUACCCAUUGUUUGCGGAGCUGAUGCCGACGAUGGAAGUGCUAGCCGCGUCGUGCAAAAUAGGGCAUGAGCUCUUGUUAACAUCAUCAGUCGCUUGGUUGAAAUCAUGUGUCCAGUAUUUAUCGCAGAGGGAAGUGAAGGAUAAACUGGAUGAAGGCGCGACAGGAGGCACGCUCGAGCAAGUGCUGAAUGCGGUUGGCGGUUUAUUGCUGUAUGUGGGACGGAUACUGUCUGCGCUGAGGCACGAUACGAAACGAACGGCUUCACCCGAUCCUGACGAUUUGGAUGUCGAGUCUAGUGUGGUGGACGAGAAUGAUGAAGAUGAUGAAUCAGCUCACGGAGAGGAAUCCGCCGAUGAAGUGGAUGAUUCGAAACUAUGCACUUUCACUAUUACAGCAAAAGAAUUUAUGAGCCAGCACUGGUAUCACUGUCAUACCUGCGGUCUGACUAAUGGACAGGGAAUGUGUUCCGUGUGCGCAAAGGUGUGUCACAGGGGACAUGAUGUCACGUACAGCAAAUUCGGAUCGUUUUUUUGUGAUUGUGGAGCCAAAGAAGAUGGAUCAUGUCAAGCUCUGCGGAAACGGAACACAGCAGUAGUGGAAGAAAGCUCCAGCAUUCUGAUUGGCAGUCGAGCGGUUGGUGCAUUCUCAUCCACUUCCUUGGGUGCAUCCAGAGGGAUGAAUGCGUCUACUGGAUCAUUUCGACGGUCAAAAGAGAUGGAUGAGCUGAAUCACCAGUUGCAGGAACAAUUGAACAGUCAGCGCGAAGCUUUGACUCGCUUGUUGAAUACCCUUGAUAUUACUUCGGUUUUGAUUUCGCUAAUGGGGCAUCUUGUCAGCGGUGCUAACGGUGUAGUACGGGCCUUGUGUUCCAGUGCUGGACGUUCAGAAAAAGUCGCACAACGCCUGAAAACACUGCACUCGUUGACUUUACCAGCUGCUGGAAAGGCGGUUGUAGAGCCUAGCGAUCGACUGUUGCAGCCGUUAAUGGCAACUCAGGAAGGAACUUUCGAUAACAUCAAAAAUGGCAUCAGCGAACCCUCCGAUAUGUCGGCACGUACUCAAUUGUACCAGGCAACCGUCCGACGACGAGUAAUGGCGGUGUUUUCUCAUGGUCCAGCGAGAUAUUUGGCCAUGGCCGUGGAGAAGAACAAAAUUUCGGUGUAUCAGUUAUCCCAUUUGCUGAAACAAGUCUGUGACCGGCACCAACUGCCACUGAAUGGCAGUGGCGGUGGUUCUCCAAAAUUGAUGCUGCCCUUUCACGGCAAUGUGAUUUUUCCUUUUAACGUGUCGGGAAUUCUGGUUAAUCCGCUGCGUGAUGGUCUGAUUGCCGUUACCGGAAGUAAAGAUUGUGUUGUUGUUCUCAUGAAUCCUGAGCUGAGCACGCAUGACCAAAUCACUGUUAAUCUGGGAUCGUUCGAAAGUGGAAAUUUUGUUGUUAAAGCUUUGUGGAUGCCGGAUUCGCAGACCGAAUUACUGGUGGCAACUCUGGACUUCGUUAAAAUCUUUGACUUAUCCAAGAGCACCGAGAAACCAGUCUACGAUUUGUUGAUUGCCAAUGGAAAAAUCCGCGAUGUGACAGUGGCGUUUUUUGGCUCCUCCGAUGGCCCCCACGUGAUGAUCAUGUCGUCUACGGGUCAGGUAUUCGCCCAGGAGCUCAACUCGCACGCGAUGGCCGAUACGGAUCCUUUCUUUGUGACAACGACAUUAAAUGUGGCUCACAGUGAUUUGCCGCGCGAAACUUCCAGGACAGAAGAGAGUGGCACCCGAGGUGGAGUGGCACUGUACUAUUCACACGCAUUGCAGUUGCUGUUUCUUAGUUAUGAGCAAGGCAAAUUGUUCGUGGCCCCGCUUACCAGUAUUUCCAGCGACAACGCUGUUAUUCCCGCAACGGAACUGAGCUUUUCAAAACAGAAAGGAGACACAACUCAAGGAAAAUCUUUGUGGUGCUUUUCAGAAAACGGAGGCUUUCCCGGUCAGAUAUUUGCCUGGCUGCAGGGUAUAAGCGUUCCCAUCGUCUUGAUUGUCGACAGAGAGGGGCUGUCUUUUCAAAACGUAAAACCGAGUAGCACCAAAGUGAAGGCUCUCGAUAUGGUGGUCACUAAAUACACCGCAUCUGACGGGCCCCAAACGAUCUUGGCUUCUCUGAACGAAGACGGUACCCUGAAGUUCUAUUCCCUCCAGUCCGACUCAGCAGCAGUUUGGAUGCCGAGUGAAAGUACUAUCGCAUCCUCUGCAACUGCAGUGAAAUGUCAUGCGCCCAUGCCGAAAAGUAAAGAGUCCCCAACCUCCAACCCUUCUUUUCCCGUGGACUUCUUCGAAAAUUGUACACUUCUCACCAACAUUGAGUUCGGCGGAGACCUGGUAGAUGUUUACCCAAAAGCCAAACUGAAGUCGCGUUUAGAGCAGAAUACAACGUAUAUUGUGAGCGAAAGAUCGGCGGGAUUUGAUCUGGAGAUUACUAACCUUGAUCACAGCUAUGCGUUUUGCGGGUUCCGUGUGGGAUUGGGAGCGCAAGGCAUGGACAAGUAUCCGGCAUCGGUUAAAGUGUUUGGCCGGAAUAAGGUCUUUGUUCUUCAGCGUGGAGCGCGAUAUUUUGACUUCCCGUUGACCGAAGAGGAAUCCGUACUGGCUGAUCGGAAACUAACUUUGCAUUUCUCGCCCGCGGAAACAGGAACGAUAACCUACCUUGACUCGAUCGUGGUGUACGGCAAGCCCAAAUCAACGUUGGGAUGGGAUAAAGAAGGAGAGCAGGGGCCGAAUGCGGAGGCAUCGAAUAAGUUGCUAACGACGAAAACCUGUGCGGUUGUAAAUCUCUUCGAUACCGUCCUUGGCCGAACGCUGAAGGCACUGGAGUUGUCGAUAUCCAUAUGGCCGCUGGAUACUGCUGAAUUACGCAAUAAUAUUAUGGACAAGACCAUUAAUCUGAUUAGCACGUGUCAAGCCUUGCCCCAGGUGUACCAUAAUGCUAAGUGUCUGCUGUUUCCCGUUCAUGAUUUUCAGCGCUCCCAAUUUCAUUCGGCGAAAGACGUAGCUGUCAUCGGGCACUGCAUAAAAGUGCUGGAAGAAUUAGUCGGACGUACGAAAAUGGAAAGUAACACCAACAUAGACAGCCCAAUAGAUUCGUCUAGUUUUUUCCAUUUGUUAGCUAGCUUGCGCCCCAUUGCUGCUAAACGGCCGGCAAAUCUGUACCAGCAGUUGAUUGAUACAGUGGAUGAAACGAAACUGGAGACGAGUCGACUAAUUCUUGGCAAAGAUACCGUAAGGAAAACCAUGCGGAGUGAAUCACGUCAGUCCACCAUCAAGACUACUUAUUUUUUGGAAAGCUUGUCCAGUCUGUUCUGGCACAUUCACGCAUCUCUCCCCAAAAAAAUUACUGUGGCUAAUGUUGUACAACUGCAAGAGCUGCUUCCGAUUGAAUUGACUGUUCAGUAUCUUGUGGAAAUUGUGCACGUCAUUAUGGUGGCAGAUCCCGAAAUGAUUCCGGUAGGAGUAAAGCUGUAUAUCACAUUCAUCUGCUGUAAGGAUCAAACGGUUGCGCUGGCGGCGAAGAACACUGUGUUAAAGACUCUGCGUCCCAAAGAGAUUAGCGCAAAGGCAGUGGUGAAAGAGAUUCAACGGCAAUCGCGAGAAAGAACCGACGAGCCGAUUGUUAACGCGCCAUUGUUACCGGACUUGGAAGAGGGGAACGAUUCUGAAGAAAACGAAGCAGAUGAGUCAUUUCAAGCCCAAGAACAGAUUGGUGGUGAAGGCGAAGUUAGUCAAAACAUGGAAGAAAUGCUUGGAGAGCUGCAAAUGGUCUGGCAGAUGGUUGAGCCGCAUUUGGGUGGAGCGCAGGCAUUGGAGGAUUUCAUCGAGAAUCCCAACAAUCUGCAACAGAUUCUCGAGAUUCCACCCGACGCGGACGAUGAAGCUAUGCUGGAUUUAGCUAUGGCCUUGAACAUGCAACCGGAAGAUGUCGGUCAUGAGAAUGCCAGCAGCAUUGGUGUUGCGAGUAUCCAGCCGCAAGUGGGUGAAGAAUCAACCGACAGUAAUACUGAUGCGGAAGGCGCCAGUGAUGACGAAGCCAGCAAUGCGCCGACCGAAACCUCGGCCCUUCGGCCUCAGUCUCCUAACGGAGCGCCGUGUUCGACCCAUGGUUCGGAUGAAGGUAGUGGGGGAUCAUCGCUUGCGGGCGAUACCAGUGGCCCCAACAAUCAGGCAAUGGAAACGCCAGGAUCGGAUAACGUUUCCACCUCCACUUCUCAGACCGAUUUGUCAUCGCCAGCUUUUUCAGAAAUUACUGUAAGGAAGUUGAAGCGCGCUGUAAUUGAACGAUUGCAGAGUAUCGUGGGAACCCUGAACGAUGGAUUGUCGGCUGUGCCAACGAUGCAGCUGUUGUUCAACCUUUGCGUCGAUCUAGACCCGGCGAAGUAUGAGGAGGAUAUGAUUUUGUUGGAUAAAGUGAUUUAUUCCGUGGUAGCCGCACUGAAGAUUGAUCGUGAGGACAGACAGUCAUUUGCUGUGCGAACGCCGGAAAAUGAAGUUGUUAUAUUGUUGUUGCGUUUCUUGUCUGUAUUGAUUUCUAAAUCUGCAUCACGUUAUCGAAAAUACCGUUCCAACCAUUUGAUUCCUACGUCAUUUACCAACCACUGCGCGACUGUUUUAAAUGGAACGAGAGUUCUGGAUUUGUGCCACUACUUGUUGAAGCUAUUGGCCGAUAAAAGCAAAAUGGAAACGGAAGGGGAAAGCAAGAAAAAACCGUCAGAGAUGAAACUUUUGAAACCGAAGGCUAUGAACUUUCCGCCGGAUAUGGCGCCGUUCUUUUUGAAACCUUUUGUCAAAUCUUGUGGACAUGAUCUCUUCCAGGAUUACACUACUUUGCUGACAGAAAUGGCUCUUCGUUUGCCGUACCAAAUGAAGAAGGUAAGCGACGCGGAGCGACUCAGUCCUCCCCCAAGUUUUGAUCAGUCGUGGUGCUACACGCUAUGCGACUAUAUGUCAUUUGGAGCUCCACAUAUGGAUCGUCGUCCACCUCGGAAACUGUUGAUGUUGCUUUGCGGAUCCAAAGAUAAAUAUCGUCAGAUUAGAGACUUGUACGCUUUCGAUCAUCACGUUAAAGAAGUAAAGAAAUUAUGCGGAUUCCGCGGCGGAGUGAUGUUGGAAAAGACGCUGGGGGAUUUGGAUUACGACAACCAGACCAACGUGGCCGAACAUCUCAAAACGUGCUUAGAAAUGGCUUUGGCACGAACCGCCAACUGGCAGCGGCAUUGCCAAAAGGAGCGCAGUACGUUGGUUUUUUUGAUUCGCCUGGCUAUUUCACUAGAUGAACCGGUGGCGACAACCAUUUUACAAUUGCUUCUGGCGCUAUUUGGAGUUAAGGACAAGAUUCCGGCUUUGGCCCAAAUUGGAGGGCCGGUGGUGAAGGCUGUGGUUACGUUACUGAAUCAGAGUUUAGACUCUUCGUUGCUUAAAAGAUUCAUCCGAUGUUUUCUUCUCCAAGCCAACUCCAGUUCCAUGCGUAUGCUGUCGCAUCAUUUCUUAUACGCUUAUUAUCGCAACUCUGACGCCAAAUACCAGGACACCUUAAUUGGUACGAUGUGGAAGUUAUUCGAAGAACUACCGACAUAUGGCCACAAAGUAGUGGACUUUGUGGACCUUCUUGGCUACCUGACCGUGAAGAAUCCCUACCUGGGCGAGUCAGAUUGGCGAUCAAUCGUUGUCGCGGUGAUUAAUAUGUUGAAAUCACAAAAUGUUGUCAUUAACAAUCAUCCCAAUGCGCGCAUCUACCAACAGUUGAAUGAAAUCACUGGAUUGGAAGGGUAUUAUCUGGAAAGUGAUCCGUGUCUUGUCUGCAACUGCCCCGAUGCUCCAACGCAGAUGGUGAAGCUGAGCUCCAUUAAGGCCGAUGCCAAGUAUACCAGUACAUCUCAGCUGUACAAACUGACCGGGCCCUUCGUGAUCGACCGAAUUGUCUUGAAGAUAACCGAAUUGAAACGAGCGAGAAUGGUAAAGCUGAUCAAUGUGUACUACAGCAACGUGGCUGUCGACAACAUUGUCGAACUGAAAAACAACAUGGCGGCAUGGAAGAAGGCCAAAAGCGUCUCAGUGGCGCAUGCCCAAGCCGAAGUGAAAAUCGAAUUUAUGCUGCCUAUUCAGGCAACCAAUCUGAUGAUUGAGUAUGCUGAGUUUUAUGACAAUCCCGGAAUGACUCAGGAGACGCUGCAAUGUCCCCGAUGUUCAGCUAUGGUUCCAGCCCAUCCUGGAAUUUGUGGGAGUUGCGGAGAGAAUGUCUUUCAGUGUCUAAAGUGUCGAUCGAUUAAUUAUGAGAAUCGCGAACCAUUUUUAUGUCACUCGUGUGGGUUUUGCAAAUACGGCAAGUUUGAAUACAGUGUGAACUGUCGUCCAUCCAGUUCUGGUAAUCUGGAUCCAGUUGUUAAUGAGGAGCAGCGCCGCAGAACAAUUGCUUUGGUCGACCAGCUGCUGACCAAAUGCGAUUCGCAGUACCGGACUUUACAAGUGCAUCGGAAUUCCAUCGAAAGCAUGCUUCUCUCCCUACAGAAAAACGAACGUGAUGGGAGCAGUGGAUUGAAACCGGACGGUCUGGGUGUAUCGCUUCCGAGCUCAAUAGCGAACAAUGCCGCGAACGUUAAUCCGACUAUACAAGCGGUAGCCUAUCGUUAUAGUGUUGAAUGCAAAAAUACUGUGCAAACAAUGGUGCAGCACAUUCAGAAGAUAAUGGCUUGUCGAAAGCUGUUGAAGGCCUAUGACCGACGUUUGAUGCGAAGUACAUCCGUGGUGGAAUUUAGUUCUAAGCCAGCGGUACUGGGAGCGGACCAAGUGGAGAAAGUGCGAACAGUCAAUGGGUGCUAUGGCUGUGCGACAGCUGCCAGUCAGUUCUGCGUUCGAAUACUACGGGUCAUCGCCAAAGUGAAAAAUCAACACUACUUUAGUGCGUAUCCGGGACUGAUUAACGAGUUGAUUGAAAACCAUUUGCAUCGAGGGAGCCAUGAACAACGAAUGGAAGUGAAACAGUUGAUCAACAGCCUGAUGCAGGGAUCGCAGAGUUCCGCGGUAGAGUUCAUCACUUUGUUGCAAGAACGAAUCGGAAGCAUCCAGAAAUUCUGCACACUGAAUCCUUCGAUUGGCGCAUCGAUUGGAAAUGAAAUUUCAAUACUGGAAAUGGAUACAGGGGAAGAAACGGAUAAGCACUGGGAACUGAAAUUACGGUGUGUUGUGCGUUUGUUUUUGGACGCCGUACAGAGUUCCGUCGCUGGCGUGUUGGAAUGCGUGGCAUUACCGUGCCUGAAAAUCAUCCUGAAUGCUUUGAAGGGUGAGCUCAAGGGACAGAAUGUGGAGGCCUUAUCUAGUCUGCAGUUGCCGCACAUCAACAGCAUUGUCCGAGUGAUACGCUGGUUGAAGGGAGACGCCAGGAACUCAUUCCAGGCCUGGGUUAGCCGGUGUCCCAAGAAACUCGGCCCUGCAGGCAAUGUACGGGAAGUACAUCUGAGCCAGAAGUAUGGGUUAAGAUGGCGUGAUAAAGUACGGAAUACUGUGGAAACGGAUAAACUGGUUUUAGCGGAAAAUUCGUGGUUGAAGAGGCUUGUGUUUUAUCCCGGUUCACAACAGCUACGGGCCUUGGCUGUAGAGUUGCUGCAAUUUUUCUUGGCCUGUCCGAGCCGCUCAUAUUUUGUUUAUCAGUUUAUUGGGUCUUUAUUGAAUGAUCUGGGCGAGGCGGGAGAAUACGCGGCUGAGUUGAUUCAGGUGAUCAAGGUCGAGACGGAAGGGAAUAACCCUAGCGUCUUCGUGGCAUGUCGCGGUAUUUUAGAAAGGGUCACAAGCCUGAUAAUUAUGGAGAUCGGCAAACUGACGGAUUUGGAAAUGACAGCACUCAGUGGCAGCCUUGCGCAGGGAUAUGCUUUGAAAUAUCUUACAAAUAUUCUUGCGAAUCUAUUGCGGCGGGACGAUAUUCGCACAAAGAAUCGAAACAGUCUGAUUGGGCCAAUUUUCAACGGAUAUCUGGCUCUGCGAAAAUUGACGAUUCAGCGCACGAAGCAAGUAAAUGAAGCGGAAGAAAAGUUGCUGGAGAUUAUGGAAAGCAUGACGUCCGGUACGGAAGAAGAAACGCGAUCCUUCAUGGUGAUUUGCAUCGAGGCUUUGAAACACUGUGAAAGUGGAGAUUAUCGAACUCCGCAAUUCAUAUACGAACGUCUUUGCACGAUUAUUUUUCCUCAAGAAAAGGAAAAGACAGAAUUCAGCCUGGUUAUCGAGAAAGACCCGCAGCAAGAAGACUUUUUGCAAGGGCGCAUGCAGGGCAAUCCAUACCCUUUAUCGGCGUUCGCCUCGCGUAGUGAACUCGGUGCGACCGAAAGGGACGUGUCUAUGCGCGAUAUUAAAAACAAGGUUUGCCGGGAUUGUGAACUGGUGGCAUUGUUGGAUGAUGAUACCGCUAUGGAAUUACUUGUUGCCGGAAAGAUAAUCUCCCUAGAUUUACCAGUGAAAAGUGUGUAUAAGCGACUUUGGUUGAAAGAUAAUCCAGAAGGUUCGCCGAUGCGUGUCAUGUACCGUCUUCGCGGUUUGAUGGGCGAUGCGACAGAGGAAUUCAUUGAGGACCUCGGCAACCGUAAUCAAAACAACGCUGACCCGGAAGAAGUGUACCGCCUGUCCAGUAUCCUUACAGAAGGCGAUGGUUUUCAGACUGUAAUCGGACAUUUGUCGGAAUUGUCCUCUCCGGCUGUGGCGGAUCAGGGUGGACCAUUGAUCGAUGUCAUCUUGAAAGUUCUAUCCUACGCCAUUCAUCUAAAGAUCAAUCGCCAGGCUCUGAUUAGCCAUGCCGGAGACUGGAAGGUCUUCUCCACCUUCAUUGCCUUACUAAAAAGCACUGUUAAGGCCCGGCAGAAUUUGGCCCAUCCGCUGGUUGGCAUAAUGCAGACUGUCUUUAAAGAGGGUACUGCCACUCUCUCCGCUGAUUCAUAUAAAGAAUUUGUGCUGAAUUGUGGCACCAAGUCGGAUGUUAUGGAUUUAUUGGAGAUUUUGGAUACACUGGAGGUGGAUUCCAAGGCUACCGAGCAGUUGUUGCGGAUCGUACCGUUCUUGUGCUUCUGCAACGAAGGAAAAAUGCAGAUUGUUGUCGAUUAUUUUACGCCGGCGCUGGAAUUCUCCCGAGUGGAUGGCGAUCAGUUACCUGUUGCAGAAAUAAAGAGCCUGGAGUCGCUGUGCCGCAUGAUUGAGAUGCUGGAACCGGAUGAAGUGUCGGGUUCGUUUAAGGAUUUGUGGAUACGAAUUGGGUUAACUAAGAAAGUCGUUGAUUAUUUCUUGUCCCAUGGUGCGAUAAUAACUAACUCCAGCGCAGAAUCGCAGGAAUUUAAGCGAUGUGUCAACAAAAAUUCGAUGAAGUAUGUUCUGCGAUUGUUAACGGGAUUGGCCCGUGGGCACGAAACCACACAGGUUCUGCUAAGUCGAGAGUGUGUGCCCGGUAUUCAUCGAUUGGAACAUGUCAGUACGCCGUUAUCGGUAUUGGCUGAAAAUUUAAUGGAAGUCAUGAAAGAAAACCAAGCAGUCCGCGAACGUAUCGAACAAAUUCGUGACCAGACCAAAGCCGAAAAGAAACGCCUGGCCAUGGCCAUGCGAGCCCGCCAGUUGGGUGCUAUGGGUAUGAAAACAAACGACAAGGGUGAAAUUGUCAUUACGAAACCUGCCGUUAAGGGCUUAGAAGAUCUGGGAGAUGACAAAGGCUUGCACUGUUGUAUCUGCCGUGAGGGCUAUCGUUUCAAGCCAGAUAAAGUACUGGGUGUUUAUACGUUCACCCGACGGCAAAAUGUGGAGGAACUGGAGCAAAAAUCGCCAAAGACAGUGGGCAGUGUGACGGUCACCCAUUUCACUUGUGUGCAUGUCGAGUGCCACUCGGCAGCCAUCAAAUCCACACGGGAGGAAUGGGAAAAAGCUUCCUGGCACAAUGCUAAUACCAAAUGCAAUGGAAUUUUGCCGAUGUGGGGACCGGAUGUGUCGGAAAGUGGCUAUGUGCAAGCUUUGGCAAAAUUUAAUCAACAUCUGCAAGAUUAUACCGGAGUUCGGGAAAUUAGCUACACGUUGACGGUUCAUGAUUUGAAGUUAGCGCUUCUGAUUUUUGCGGAAGAACGGUCGUUCAGCGAAUAUAGCAAGGGUGGCGGCCGGGACUCUAACAUGCGUCUGAUCCCUUACACUCUCCACACAGCACUCUACGUAAUGUCCAGUCAGCGCAGCGUCCCGAAGGAGCGUACCGCUGUCCAGAAUUUCCUCAAAAUGCGACCGCCCAGCUGGCGUGCAAGCUGUCAUUUGGCGGAGUCACCGUUGUAUUACGCGGCGCUGUAUGUUCUUCUGCACGAACGAAAACAAUGGAUCCAGGAUCGGUUGACCAUUCUCCAGCGGCUACUGGUAUAUGCCCACGAACGACGCAAUAUCGCCAGCAAUGAGCCGCAGGAGUAUUCUGUAUAUAAGACGUGCUUCGUCUUCUUCGGCCUGAUUGAUUUGAUUUAUUCGCGGAUGCUAGCCAAAGUGCCGAAUGAGGGCGAAGAGUGGACAGAGCGGUUGGUAGGCUUCAUUCGCCACGGCGAUGUGGUGCUGAUGGAGGGAUGUGAGGCGGUGUUGAGAGUCUACGAAGAGGAACUGUUGCCGGCCACGUCGGCGGCGGAAGUCAUGGAUAUUCUGCACCUGCUGGAUGUGAUAACCGAUCCCCAUGCUUUCAUUGCGUCGGCUUUGACGCCUCAAGAAACAGCAUAGAUACGUUUUAUGGGCGAUUCGUCUGAUUUGUGCUUUUUACUGGGAAUAAUCUUCUUUUCAUGCAUUAGUACGACAAUGAGCACCACUGUUAUUGAUUCUGAUUUAUUUACUGAAGCUAUUCAGUCCAUUACUUUUUUAACCUUAUAAUAAAUUGUACCGUAAUUUAGAACGAUAAAAGUGAAGUGCUGGUAAUUACUCACCACGAUAAAUUGAAAAA